AUGCGGAGUUUUUCAGGUAUAAUAAAUCCAUAUUAUCCAAUCGAUGAUAUUCCUUGUAAUGAUGAUAUUAUUAUCAUUAAUAAUAAAUCAGAGAGGAAUUUAUUUAAACGGAUUAUAUUGAUACUUGCUAUUGGUAUAAUAUGUAUUUUUAUUUUAAUGACAAUAACGACGAAAGUGAUUAUAACAUUAAAAGAAAAAAAAUCAAUCAAUUUCAAUUAUCGAAAUUCAUCAUUGGACCAUAAUAAUAUUAUUUCAAAUAUAUCAAAACCUUUAGAACAGAAUAAUUCAUCAUUGAAUAAAACUGAAAGCAUUUUGAAUAUAUCAAAACCAUUGGAACAAAAUAACUUAGCAUUGAAUAAAACUGAAAUUAUUUCGAAUAUAUCAAAACCUUUAAAACAUAAUAUUUCAGUCAAUUGUCAACUGCCAUUUAAUCCAAAUUAUACUAAAGAUGGUAUUACUGUUGCAGGAAAUUUUUCUCCAACAAUUGAUGAAUUAGAAAAAUUACAAGGACCAACAUCAGUUUAUCUCGAUCGCGAACAAAAUAUUUAUGUUGCUGAUACAGCUAGCCAUCGAAUUCGAAAAUAUUUGCCUGGAGUUUCAGAUGAAGGCGAAACACUUAUCGAUGAAAAAUCGAAUAUCAAUUCUCCAUGUUGCUUAUAUAUUGAUCAAGAAUCGAAUAAUUUAUAUUUUCUUGAUCAAGAUGGUCAAGGAAAUUAUCGUGUACAACUUAUUCGAUUAAAUGUAAAUCCAUUGAAAUCAAUAAUUCUUCUUGUUGGAAAUCAAACAAUAUCACAUGGAAUGAAAUUAGAUCAAUAUUUCAAUAUUUAUGUAUCGGAAUUCAAUCAUCAUCGAAUAGUAAAAUGGUUAGCACCAGAUUAUGAUCAAUAUUUAAUCGUGGUUGAAAAUAACGAAAACCAAUUCAUUUAUCCAAGAAGUAUUUAUAUCGAUGAAAAAACAAAUAAUUUAUAUGUUGCCAAUCAAAAUCGAAUUCAACGUUGGUCAAUGAAUUCAAAAGAAUCCAAAAUUGUUAUGCAAGGUGGAGCAUCAUGUCCAAAUGGAAUUGAAUAUGAUUGUCAUGGAAAUCUUUAUAUAUCUCAAGGUACAACAAUUAAAUUAAUUAAUAAUAAAACAGAUUUAAGAGGAUUUAUUAUUAUUGGCGUUGAUUAUGAUUUUGGCAUGCAAGCCGCUCGUACAUCAACUGAUUUUUUAUACAAUCCAGAAGGAAUUUAUCUUGACAAGACAAAUGGAGAUUUCUAUUUAGCUGAUUCAGGUUUUAAUCGAAUACAGAAAUUUACUAUUAAAAAUUAA